CGCCGGUGUAAACAAAGGCCGGAAGACGCCGCUGGCGUGCGGCCUGUGCUGCGUGUUAUGCCAACGACGGAGCAUCCGACGACGCUCGACGUUCAGCGCACGCCUUCCUUCGAGAAUCUCAGGUAGAAGACUGUUCUAUGGCCUGUCCUUGGAGAGCCGUAGUCGGGACUUGAGGCGAUUCCUUCGAGGGAAAACUGCCAGCCUGAACGAGCCAUGACGAGCAGCGCGAGCGACGCACCUGUGACCAAGUCCGAGUCACUUGCCGUGAGCGACGAAGCGCUGCCGGCUCACGCGUCGCCCAGCAGCGCUCAGGCCUCGUCCGCCGAAGGGGUAGGCAGCGGCGGUUCCUUAGUCCCCGAUGAGCACCCGCAGCAGCAACAGCAGCAGCAGCAGCAGCAGCAGCAGCAGCAGCCGGCGGCGGCAGUCAGCGGCGGUCAUGAAGGCGAGGUGGAGCCCAGCGAUGCGUCCGUCACCAAGGAGGAGAUGGAGCGGUACAUCAAGAUUUCACGUGACCUGAAGCUCCGUCGUGGCUCGCUCAUGCCUCCAGGCGGUACGUCGGGCAAAGCCAUGAACGCCACGACGACGGCGCCCAUACCCCUGUGUGCUGGCCUCAAGAAGAAGGCCAGCCUAACCAUGGAAGCGCGCGUCGAGCUCUAUGGCAAGGGACGUGUCAAACUCUCGUUCGACGGCGUUUCAGAAGAGGGCCAAGCGGCGGGCGGAAUGGGCAACAUGCAGCAGCAGGCGCCAGCAUCACUCCACCAGGACGAGUCGGCCACCAGCCUGGUGCGCCGCGGCGCCCCUUCGACGGCGAUCACACCCCGCAGGCUGAGCCUCGAGGACCGCGCACCUCCGCCCCCGCCGACGCCGGCGCCUUCGCUGGCGUCGCUGCAGAAGCGGACCAAGUCGAUGGACUUCGGCACCAUCCCGCUCAAGGACGACGACCAUCCAGAUCCGUCGGAGCCGGCCUGACACGGCGCGGGUCGUUGUAUCGCGAGCCAUCCGAACGAUGCUCGGAGCCGAGCGUUUUCACCAGUUCCAUCGUUAUCGCUUGCCGCAAGAGGGUUUUUGCACCCAGCGUAUGAUCGAGGUUUCUUUAAAUUCAGCCUAGGAUACCAACAGUCACUAGCAAGGCCUGAGCCCCCUGCUGUUUGUUUUAGCAGCAAUUUUAAGUGUACGAACUGGUUGCGUAAAAUGCGUUUUUAGUAAAGGUCUGUCGCUUGUAUGACUAUGCUUCUAGUU